GGCAGGUGGCUUGAAAAUGCCCAGAUCAGCCUGGCGCCCUGUUAGCAGUCAGUAUCUAAAUCUAUUUCUGUGUCAUGGGAAGGAGUGAUGUAAACAUUGACACUGCAGUUGACAGCGCUUCGCCCUCUGUACGGAAAGCGAGAGAAAGGACUUUGCCUGGCGUGCCCGGGUGGGAGGGCCUCAAACUUGACAGAAAAACCAUGGAAGAGCUAAGAUGGCUGAGUUUCCAGAUGACCAGACUGCUCGGCUGUGUGACAACUGCAAAAAGGAAAUUCCUGUGUUUAAUUUUACCAUCCAUGAAAUCCACUGUCAAAGGAACAUUGGUGUGUGCCCUGUCUGCAAGGAACCAUUCCCCAAAUCUGAUAUGGACAUUCACAUGACCACAGAGCACUGUCAGGUGACAUGCAAAUGUAACAAGAAGUUGGAGAAGAGGCACUUAAAGCAGCAUACGGAGACUGAGUGUCCUCUGCGACUUGCUGUCUGCCAGCACUGUGAUCUGGAGCUUUCUGUUCUCAAGCUAAAGGAGCAUGAAGAUUACUGUGGCGCCCGGACAGAGCUGUGUGGCAGCUGUGGGCGCAAUGUGCUUGUGAAAGAGCUGAAGACUCACCCUGAAGUGUGUGGGAGAGUGGAGGAAGAAAAGAGAGAUGAGGCUGUCAUCCCUCCUGAUUCCUAUGAUGAGUCUUGGAGUCAGGAUGGAAUCUGGAUUGCAUCCCAGCUCCUCAGACAAAUUGAGGCCCUGGACCCUCCCAUGAGACUCCCUGGAAGGCCCCUGAGAGCCUUUGAGUCGGACCCUUUCCACAGUAGGACUGUCAGCCAGAGGAACACGACAGCCCAUUUUCCAGUUCAGAAUAAUCUGGUUGAAGAACAAGAAAGGCAGGAAAGGAAUAGAAGCCAGCAGUCGCCAAGAGAGAGUGCUGAAAAUAAUGCACACUUGGACUUCAUGUUGGCCCUGAGUCUGCAGAAUGAGGGACAGGCCUCCAGCAUGGCAGAACAGGGCUUCUGGGGGUCUGUGCCUGAGGCAGAUCCAGCACAUGGUGGGUCCACUUCUCUGGGUGAUAUAAAGGGUGCGGCUGAUGAGACUCUGCUGCCCUGUGAGUUCUGUGAGGAGCUGUACCCGGAGGAACUGCUCAUUGACCAUCAGACAAGCUGCAACCCUUCACAUGCCUUACGUUCACUCAAUACUGGCAGCUCUUCCAUCAGGGGGACAGAGGAUCCUGGUGUCAUCUUCCAGAACUUUCUACAGCAGGCAACAAGUAACCAGUUAGACACUUUAAUGGGCCUAAGCAACACAGCUGCUGUGGAAGACAGCAUUAUCAUCCCCUGUGAGUUCUGUGGGGUACAACUGGAAGAGGAGGUGCUGUUCCAUCAUCAGGAGCAGUGUGACCAACGCCCAGCCACAGCAAACUACCAUGCAAUGGAGGGCAUCCCUACACAGGAUUCCCAGCCUGAAGACACUUCACCAGAGCUGCCCAGGAGGAGGAUCAAAUACCAGGGAGAACUGUCUUCAGGCUACAUGGAUGAUGUCAAGCAGGAAGCAGCAAAAGGCUCCACCUACUCACUGUCUCCUAGCAGAACCAUGAACAACGUGACUACCUGUAACCCACUGUUGAACUCAGCAUCAGGCUCCAGAUCUGAGUGCCAGCCUAGCCCUCCUCAUGUGCUGAAGCUCAACAACUCAGACAGCCAGGACAUUCGAGGGCGGAAUCGAGGCAGCCAGAAUGGGCCUGUAGCAUCUGGGCAUGCUCCAGUGAUCCACUCUAUUCGAAAUCUCUAUCCAGAAAACCUUGCGCCCUCUUUUCCUCAGGGGCCCCCUGGGAGAUAUGGAGCCAGUGGGAGGAGUGAAGGUGGUCGGAGCUCUCGGGUCACCCCUGCAGCUGCCAGCUACCACAGCAGAUCCCCAAAGGCAAAGCCUCCUAAGCAGCAGGAAGCAGGGGAUGCAGAGGAGGAAGAGGAGUAAUGGUGACUAUGGGGGGCUUUUACUGCCUACCCCUAUGCAUAGCAGCACGUGCUGGUGCAGUGUCCAGCUGCCUCUCUGGCUCAUCAAGCAGGAGAGACUCCUGAUUUUAAUUUUUUCCAGAUUACGGCCAUUUUGUGUCUUUGAGAUUGUGCUGUGGGUGCUUGGGUUGGAGGGAGGGCUAGCUGGGAGGCCCUUGCUGCUACUGUUGGGCAGCAGUGAGAUGAGGACAUCUGUGCCCUCUUGGCCCAUAAGGGUUCCAUCCAUAGUAUACCAUUACCAUUACCACUGCUUCUUGGUGCUUUGUGGUCCUGGUGGACAGAGAGGAGGGUUCUGGGAAUCUCAGAGCUACCAGUGAAGCAAUUCUCUCUUUGUGAGGGCCUAAGCUUGGGUUUACAGCAUGUUAGGAACAAGUUGAGCUGCAGGUACAUGGACUAGAGGCCACUUUGGUGCUUCUAGGUCAUUCACCACCCUCUGUUCCUGAUGGGGCAUAUAUUGCUUUGUUCUCAAUGUCCCUACCAGGGCCACGCCUGCCCUCAUGAGGACUGAGGUUCCAGCCCCUUCCCUUUUUAUUUUACUGUUCUAAUUAUCUAUUUCCUUGUAAUAGAAAUAAAGUUUGUAUUCAGAGUUCA